AUGUGGUCGAAGACGCACCCGGGCCUCAACUUCCUCAAGGAGGCUAUCGAGUUCCACAGCCGCUACGUGCACACCGGUGAUCGCUCGCAUCUUCUACUGCGUCAACCGCUCGUGGAGCGGCCGCAUCACAGUGCCGGAGCUGCGCCGCUCUCCAACCUGCUCAGCACGAUCCAGCUGUUGGAGCAGGAGGAGGACAUCAACCAGAUCACAGACUAUUUCUCGUACGAGCACUUCUACGUGAUCUACUGCAAGUUCUGGGAGCUGGACAAAGAUCACGACCUGCUCAUAGACAAGUCGGACGUGGCUCGGCACAACGACCACGCCGUCUCGUCGCGCAUCAUCGACCGCAUCUUCAGCGGCGCGGUGACGCGCGGCAGCGCGCGCAGGCAGGAGAAGAUGACCUACAUGGAGUUCGUGUGGUUCCUGCUCUCGGAGGAGGACAAGAAGCACCCGACGGCCAUUGAGUACUGGUUCAGGUGUAUGGACCUGGACGGCGACGGCUUCCUCUCCAUGUACGAGCUGGAGUACUUCUACGAGGAGCAGCUGCAGCGUAUGGAGGCGCUCGGCAUGGAGACGCUGCCGUUCGAGGACUGCCUCUGUUGGAUGCUGGACAUGGUCCAGCCCGAAACACACGGCAAGAUCGCGCUCAGCGACCUCAAGCAGUGCCAGAUGGCCAACAUCUUCUUUGACACGUUCUUCAACCUGGAGAAGUACCUGGAGCACGACCAGCGCGACCCGUUCGCCAUGCAGCGGGAC